UUCGGGGGGCGACCCUCUCCGGCUAAAGCGGCGAUGGCGACGGGAGACGGAGGCGAUGAGGAGCCGCCUCGGGGAAAGGAGCCCGGGCCGCACCUCGGGCCCAGCGGCGUCCUGGGGCAAAUGGACAAACGGAGGAUGUGCCGAGACCCCCCGGUAGAAAAGAGAGGUCCCUACAUUAUGAACAAACCAUCUUCUAUUCAGGAUAAGCUACAAAAACAUCGCGAGAUGGCGAAGGCAAUGCUGCGGAAGAAGGGGGUGCUUUCAGGAGCCGUCCGGCAACAGCCCAAACCGGGAGCGGUGAGGACGGUGAAAUUCAACAAGGGCUACACGGCUCUUAGCCAGACCUCCGAUGAAACUUUGGUGGCUCUUGAUUCUGACAGCGAUGACCUGGAAUCGAGAUGCUCCUCUGGUUACUCCUCGGCCGAGGUCAACCAGGAUCUCAGCCGGCAGUUGCUGCAGGACGGCUACCGCCUGGACGAGAUCCCAGACGACGAGGAUCUCGAUCUGAUCCCCCCGAAGCCCAUUUCGUCCUCACCGUGCUCCUGUUGCUUUGGCGACUCCGCCUCCUGCUCCAUCCAAUAGGAAGAAGCCUCGGAGGGCUGCUGCACUAACACGGGUCAAGAAUUCAGCACUUUCCCCCCCACCUUCCCCCUCCAGUUCCUCUCUUUGUUUUGGAUUCCUGCUGAAUUUUAGGUCAAAUCAGCGGGUCGGAGCCGGGGAUGGGGCGCUAACUCUGGAGAUCCGGCCCCUGGAAGGGCAAGGCAGUGUACUGUUGGCACCUUGCUCAAGAGCUCCGUAGUGUCUUCUGAAUGGUGCAACGUAGAAGUGUAUUAACUCUUUAUCCAGGAGCCCGGUGGACGCCUUGUGCCAAGAGAAGUUGCUUCUCUGGGCAAGGUUCAGCGCUCCUGAGGGGACUAAUCAGGAGGCAAGGGGUUCUCCCCCAUAAAAGGUGAACAGAAAAACCUGUGUGCGUGUGUGUGUGUGUGCGUGUAAAAAGCGAACAACAGCAAUUCCGAUAACUAGGUUUCGCAAUAUGUUGGGGUUGCGGAGGCCCACACAUGAAGGAAAAGAGAAACCCUCAAUGCUGCCUAGAAGGGGAGAGAUUUACUCCCCGGUUGCUUUUUCUGACGAGAGAGAGAGAGAAGUUCUUGAGAUGUUUCUGCAGGACCUCCCUUCAGAAUGGAGUUCUUGCCUUGCACAAGGGUGGGGAGAGCUGCUUGCGCAAAGGUUUCUUGACGACAUAGGCCUUUUGUUCGUCUACACCUUGUUGAUGGCUUUAGUUACUACAACUGUGGGGUCUCUCAUUCCGUUCUCUUUCGGAAGUAAAAGGGAAGGGAGGUUGAAGACGCCGGAGCUCUAAUCGUCAGCCUUUAAUUGAUCCCCCGAAAGAGUCUCAAGGCAACCUCACCUUAACAAUAGCUUCUCCUUCUGUCCCUUCUGAAGGUUGACCCUCUCAGAUCUAGAGGCAGUUGGGCCACGAAACUGCAAAUCUUGGAAACUAUUGGCCUUAAUGUGGGAGAGAUGGCUGACAAUUCUUGAUUUAUUUGGUAGAUGGGAUUUUUUUGCGGGGGGGUCGCAUUGGACCCCGUUUCCUUUUGGGGGGGGAAUUAAACGGAAUAAGAGUUGAAGCUAAGUGAGGAGGACAAAGUUGAAACUCCUUAAGCCAGCUGGCCUCCUCAUCAGCUUUGCUGGUCACAUACAGCUCUUAACGUUCUCAACCUAUCCGUUACUUUUAACGUUUUCUCUGAACUUGGCGUCCUUCAAAUGAAUGGAGGCGCUAUCAUCCCCAUACUGAGAAACAGCCUAUGGAGACCACCAAGGGUCUCCUUGCAUUAAAUUAACCCAUGGAAAAGGACCCUUGCAUGCUCUCGGCCCCACUUCAUCUCUGGCUCUUCCUGUAAGAAAGGAUGGGUUUUUAGGCAGCUAGCAGAGAGUGUGUAAAUGUGUAACUUGGGUGGCAAUCAAUUCUGGGGAAGAAGUCAAGAUCUUGUCUUCCUAGGUCACCAGUACUGAUUGACCCAGAACAGAAACGGUCUCUUGUCUUUCUAAUCCGUUGUUCUGAAGCGGCAUGUCUCAACCGACGUCUCGGAGAUUUUGACGGGACAGUCAGAAUAUCCAUCUCUAGUGGGAUUUCUGGAUGUUGGAUAGGAUGCUCUAGAACUGGGAUGGGAGAUGUUCUACUCUAGGAAAGUGUAGUGGAGUUCAUCAACAUGAAAUUGUCCAUCUACGCUUCAUCGGUUGUGGCGGGGGGGGGGGGGGGACGGGGACUCAAUGUCCUCUCCCAAGUUUGAUCGUAGAAGAUCUGGAGUUCUUCCACUGCAUCCCUGCGAUUUGAGAAGGAUGUCCCAGUGUUGACCUGUUAAACAUCUCGCUCGUCGCAGUCCCCCCCCCCAAAAAAAUUAAAUCCCUUUCUUCCUCAUACGCACAAUUUGCUCUUGAGGCUUAUGUCUUGUGACUCUCUCAAAAGGGAAUGGGAUUAAUUUGCCGUGACUAACUCAGCAAGUCCACUUAAAUUAUUUGAAAUAAUUUUAAAAAUUAUUUUAAUUUUGGUCUCAUUCACAUUUCUUUUGGUCCCUUCCUUUUGCAUCCUUCUUUUAAUGAUUCUAUUCCACCCUUUUUUGAUACGUUAGUGUCACUCUUGUCCCGUAGCGAGUUGGCUGCGGUGAGUUGGCGUAAGUCCUCUCAAAGUCAACGUCUCCUCCGGCUUCGGUUGACGUGGUCCGGGGUGAAACACAGAGACGCCAUUGGAAAUUUUGCAGAGCUUCCUGACAUGGGUUGCAAAAGCUAUGGGUGGCCAGUAGGUGGCAGCCAAAA